AUGAUUGUCUUUGGGUCAAGAAACCAUACUGAUCAUUUGGCACUACUCAAAUUCAAAGAAUCCAUAUCCAGUGAUCCAUAUGGAGUUUUACUAUCUUGGAAUACUUCUUCUCACUUUUGUAAUUGGAAUGGAAUCACAUGCAAUUCCAUGCAUAAAAGAGUUACAAAGUUGGAUUUGCAGGGGUACAAGUUGAAGGGAUCCAUAUCUCCUCACCUAGGAAAUCUCUCUUACAUGAGAAUCUUGCUCCUUGACAACAACUACCUGCAUGGGAACAUCCCACAACAAUUGGGAAAAUUGUCACAACUCCAGGAACUCUCUCUCGGAAACAACUCAUUGGUAGGUAAACUUCCUACAAACUUGACAGGUUGCACUAAUCUCAAAAUCAUAUACUUAUUUGGGAACAAUCUGAUUGGAAGAAUACCUAUUGAAAUUAGCUCCCUUCGUAAGCUUCAAAAUUUGAAUGUUGGGAACAAUAAGUUAACAGGAGGAAUCCCAUCGUUCCUAGGAAAUCUUUCUGUCCUAGUUCGUCUCUCACUGGGUAUUAAUAACUUAGAGGGAGAAGUUCCACAUGAAUUGUGUCACCUAAAACACUUGUUAAGGAUAUUUGUACCUGUCAACAAACUGAUUGGAGCUUUUCCUUCUUGUUUUUAUAAUAUGUCAUCGCUUAUUGUAAUCUCAGCUACAGAAAAUCAAUUUAAUGGAUCUCUUCCACCAAACAUGUUCCACAACCUUCCCAAUCUCCAACAAUUUUAUAUUGCUCUAAAUCAGGUCUCAGGUUCAAUCCCACCUUCCAUCACAAAUGCAUCUAUCCUUCAAUUACUUGAGAUAGGUGCAAAUCAAUUCACUGGACAAGUUCCAGCUCUUGGGAUGCUAAAAGAUCUUUUUUACCUAGGUUUGUCUCUAAACAAUCUUGGUGAUAAUUCAACUGAUGAUUUGAAGUUUUUUAAAUCAUUGACAAACUGUAGUAGUUUGCAAAUGUUAGAUAUAUCUUACAAUAAUUUUGGAGGUCAAUUGCCAAAUUCUUUGGCCAAUUUGUCCACCCGACUCAACCAGCUGUAUCUUGGACGUAAUCAGAUAUCUGGAGAAAUUCCUACAGCAAUGGGAAAUCUAAUUGGCUUGACUCAAUUGAUGAUGGGAGAUAACCUCAUUGGCGGGAUUAUUCCAUCAAGUUUUGGAAAGUUUCAGAAAAUGCAGGAGUUAGAGUUAAGAGCAAACCAACUUUCAGGACAUAUGGGAGAUUUUGUUGGCAAUCUUAGUCAAUUGUUUUAUUUGGACAUGGGAAGAAAUAUGUUAGAAGGAAAUAUACCUUCCACUAUAGGGAAUUGCCAAAAGUUACAACAUCUAAAUCUUGCACAAAACAAAUUUACCGGAACUGUACCUUUAGAGAUCUUUAAUCUUUCCUCUCUAUCAAACUUGUUGACUUUGUCACAAAACUCAUUGAGUGGCAAUAUACCAGAAGAAGUGGGAAAAUUAAAAAAUAUUGAUUUUCUAGAUGUGUCUGAGAAUAAUCUUUCUGGUCACAUUCCUGGAACUAUUGGAGAAUGCAUAACAUUGGAAUACCUCUAUUUGCAAGGAAAUUCUUUGCAGGGAAUCAUACCAUCCUCUUUGGCAUCACUCAAAGGUCUUCAAAGUUUAGACCUGUCACGAAACAACUUAUCUGGAUCAAUUCCAAAUGAUCUGCAGAAUCUUUCUUUCUUGAAUUAUGUCAAUGUAUCUUUCAACAUGUUGGAUGGUGAGGUGCCAACUGAAGGUGUGUUUCAAAACGCAAGUGCCUUUGAUGUUAGUGGAAAUAGUAACGUUUGUGGAGAUGUUUCCAAACUGCAUCUACCUCCAUGCCCUGUCAAAGGUAAGAAACUUGCAAAACACCACAAGUUCAGGUUGAUUGCAGUGAUAGUUAGUGUGGUUGGUUUUCUUCUCAUAUUGUCAAUUAUUUCAACUAUCUACCGGAUGAGAAAAAAGAAUAAGAAAUCAUCUUUGGAAUCACCAAAAAUGGACCAGCUAGCUAAAGUUUCAUAUCAAAGCCUAUAUAAUGGAACUGAUGGAUUCUCAGCAACAAAUUUGAUUGGCUCUGGAAAUUUUAGCUCUGUCUAUAAAGGAAAUCUUGAAUCAGAAGACAAAGUUGUUGCUAUAAAGGUCCUAAACCUUCAACAAAAAGGAGCCCACAAGAGUUUCAUAGUUGAAUGCAACGCACUUAAAAGUAUUAGACAUCGAAAUCUGGUUCAGAUUUUAACAUGUUGUUCCAGCACAGAUUACAAAGGUCAAGAAUUUAAAGCUUUGAUUUUUGAGUACAUGAAGAACGGAAGCUUAGAACAAUGGCUGCAUCCAACGACGCUUGGUCCUGAACAACAUCCGAGAUCAUUAAGCUUUGGGCAAAGACUAAAUAUCAUCAUUGAUGUUGCUUCUGCAAUACAUUAUCUUCAUCAUGAAUGUGAGCAACCGAUUAUUCAUGGUGAUUUAAAGCCAAGCAAUGUCCUUCUUGACGAUGAUAUGAUUGCUCACGUGUCUGAUUUUGGCAUAGCAAGAUUUCUCUCAGCUAUUAAUGAUACCACUUCUAAGGAAACGAGUACAAUUGGGUUCAAGGGGACUAUUGGCUAUGCUCCCCCAGAGUAUGGAAUGGGUUCUGAGGUGUCUAUGAAUGGUGACAUGUACAGUUUUGGGAUCCUUUUGUUGGAAAUGUUUACUGGAAGAAGACCCACUGAUGAAAUCUAUGAAGAUGGUCAAAAUUUACAUGACUUUGUGAAAAAUGCAGUGUUUGAUAAUCUUUUACAAACUUUGGACCCAUCACUUGAACUAGAACACAAAGUAGCAACAAUAGAAAAAGAGAACGGUCAAAAUCUUACUGCAGAUGUGGAAAACUACUUAGUUUCACUCUUUAAGAUUGGACUUGUUUGCUCAAUGGAAUCACCCAGAGAAAGAAUGAAUAUUAUGGAGGUCUCUAAAGAACUAAGCAAAAUCAGAAAAGCAUGCUUAAAAAACUUAGGGUUGGUGGUUGCCACGCCUUGCGCCACCGCAGUAAAUCUUGGCAUCAUGGCCUCCGGCGCCGCGGCAGACGGGCUCUUCCGACCGAUCUACGAGGGCUGCAUCACCGCCUACAACAACGACGUCGAGCGCCGCCCUUACCAUCGCAACUGCGGCUGUGCGCUCCACAGCAAGUCGCGCCGCGGCAGAGCGUGCUCGCACAGGAUGCCGCGCUGCAACAGCGUCUCCUAUCCCAUGAGGCGGGCCUGGAGCGAAGGGAGCUUGGUCAUGGCCACCUCGGCGCACUCCUCUCCCUCUUCCUCCCCCGCCGGACCCAGGCCUCAACACGACGACGAGGGACAUAGUCACAAAUUAGAGGUUUUAUUUGAGAUUUCAGAAUUUGCGCGAUAUGAAUCUGAUUUGGGAAUGUGGGAGCUGGAAACACAGGAGUCACAGCUAAUUCAUUUCUCUUUCCAGAACUUCAGGAAGCUUUUUUAUGAAAAAGACUAA